AUGAGCAGCAGCAACGGCGCCAACUACGGCUUAGGCGUGGGUCUGGCCGGGGGCGCGAGCACAGCCGUGGCCCACCAGGGCCAGGGGGUAGCCGCCCUCCUGGUCAUGAUAGCCGUGCUCUGCUUCAUGUUCGCCUACUGCUGUUGGGGCGCGCCCUUUUGCCGGUCGCUGUGCCGCCGGCACAACUGCUGCUACGGUUGCUGCUGUUGCUGGUGCUGCUGUCGGGCGGACGAGCUCGCCGAGUCCGAGUCCUCCGGGGGCUUUGGUUCCGCCGUCGCCAACGAGCACUCCAUGAUCACCACGCCCACCAUCAUACUGCUCCCGCACGGGAGGACCUUUGUCGUACACGGACGGAUUUUCACGCAGUUCCAGGCCGAUGAUACCGGUUUGGAUUUGGUGGAGCUCGGGGAGAGCGUGAUGCGCGCACAGAGGGGCAACACCGGCGCCGGCGGCUCGACCCGACACCUCCACCAUCAUCAUCACCACCACCGGCAGCAUCACCACCAGCGUCAGGUGCAGUUGCAAGACAGCCAGGGCAGUAUCAUCGAGAUGGACGCGGACACGCCGAGCAAAGGCAGCAUCGGCUCGCUCGGCUGCUUUCCACCGCCCACAUACGAGAGCAUCUACGGCAAGGAGGAGGAAGAACGGGGCGAACUACCACCCUCGUACUCUGACAUUCUCCUGCACAGAUUCCCAAACCUGCCGUUCGAGCUCGACGUGCGGCACCAGCGGGACGACAGCAAGGAGGAGCUCCGUGGGCCGCGGAUCAUCGACAACCCGAUCGCCGGCACCUUCGGCCAUCACCAGUACCCCCGGCAAGCCUACUCGAGCCAAAGCCUGCCGCGGCGCAACCCCUCCCUCAUCAGCAACCCCCUCGACGGCUACUACGUGGACAACGAACUGGCCAGCCUCCACUGCAGAGGAGCGAUCAGCCAGCGCAGGCGAAGCGCCGCGGCGGAUGUCACGAGGACCACGGCUGCGGUGGCGUUGGCCGAUGAUGGAAACGACGAGGCUCACGACUCGAGGACCAAUUCCGAUGAUCUGGCUGUAGCGGGUGACACACUGGACAAUCGGUUGACGAGGAAUUGCCGGAGGCAAGAGUCGCGCUCGCAGAACGACCUGAUGAACUCGAGGAACAUGGCGCGAACCGAAGGUGGGGAGCUGCUGCGGGUGGCCGGGUCGAGUGAGAUUUACGCGAGGCGGUGCUCCGAGGAGAGUAUCGUCGUGGUCGACGUCGACGGGAUCGGCGGGGUGCAUCGGCUGGAGAUCGAGCCCGGGAGGUCGAGCGACGCGGAGGACGAUGACUGUAGGCUCGACGAGGACGAGGUCAGGAAUUUUCAGGCCCUGGCCGAUAUACGCGAGAGCCGGGUUUGAGCAUCUUUUUCGUUGGUGCUACAUUUUUUUUUUUUUUUUUUUUUUUUCUGGAGCGGGAAUAUACUUGCUUGUAUUGAUGAUUUGGUUGCUCGUUUGGCGAUUAACGAAGAGGGGAAGUAUAUUUAUUGUGCAUACAAAUUAAUCGGUAGAUGACAACGUAACACGCGUUUAUUUGUAUGGUGUAUGGCUUUUGCUGUCCGAGCAAGCGCUAGUUGACGAUUAGUAAUCUUUCUAGCGUUGUAUACUUGUACACACUGUGGUGCGAGCAUCGAGCGAUAUAAAUUUUCUUAUUUUUUUUAUUGUUUUUUAUUUAUUUAUUAUUAUUAUUUUUUUUUUUUCAAGAGUCAACGGAUUUUUGCGUUUUAUUUUUGUACGUGUACAGUCUCGAAACGACCAAUUAGGUGUCCUCUCAGUUUGUAUUAACAAAAAAAAAAUUUUAUGUAGGCAAGAGAGGAGAACAUCGUAGAAAACAAAGUAAAUAUAACGAUAGCGCAGAUACUGCUACACUCGCUAGUGCAGUCCGUCCAAAGACUCACAUCACCUUUUCGAAACGAGCCUUGGCUAGACUGUGUUAAACUAGCCCUGUUAUGAUUUAUGUACCUAUAUUUCAAAUGAUCUCAAAAUCAAUGCUGGAAUUGCAAAGCAAUUUUAACAAUCUUUGACUGUCGUAUUGUUUAAGUCAAAACAAUUAAACUGUUAAUCUCUUCCUUCAUUUUCAUCGUAAUUUUUCAAAAAACCUUUUUUUCAUGCUUUUAUCGCACAAAUUAAACAUAAUGAUUAUGCAUGAACUGCCACUUGAGAAAAAAUGUAUACUCUAUGUUUGUUCAAAUAAAUACUAUACAUGUUCCUAUAAAA